AUGUUGGCCAUAAAAAGUGAGAUGCAGAGUCCAUGUACACUCAUGAAGACUGAAACAACAUCUGUAGCUGAUGCACUAGAAGACCUGACUGUUAAUGUAAUGCCUAAAGCAGAAAGUUCAUUUUGCUUUGAUUAUAAUGAGACAAAGUGUUUACAGAUUGAUUUCAUGCAGCACGACAAUAGCUUUGGCCAAAAUCUCCAUGAUAUAAAACUUGAUCCAGCUGACCAGAAACACUGGAGGUGUGAGAAUGUUCCAGAAUUGGAAACAAAUUCUCAAAUGUCCAGUUCUUUCAUUAAAAUAGAAUGGCAGCCUGCUCACAUUGUGAAGACAGAGUAUAUGACUGAGCAUAAUCAUAGAGUGAAGAGUGAAAGGGCAUUGCCUGGUCAGGAUGAAGUUUGUCAUCCUAACAGUGGUAAUGAAUUUUAUUGCAAUACAUAUGAAGUAAAGACACAAUAUGGUCUACAUCAUGAUGAAAAUACAAAUGGACCAGUUACUUCUGAGGUCAAGCAUGAAGAUCACUCUGGUCAGGAAGUUGGUUCGAUAGUAAAGGCAGAACUGACAAAAUCACACAAUCUGUACAAUGAAGUAUGGAACAUAAAGGUAGCCACAAUGAUGGAGCACAUGAAGGCACAGAGCGCACCACAGGAAGUGGGGUACAGUUGUAGGAAAAAUAAAGAUAUUUCACCAUUUUUAUCACAACCUGAACAAGAUGUAGUUGUUUCUGGAGGUAAAUAUACUCAUUUGAUGGAUAUUGUGACUGAGAGUCCUCAGCAUGAGACAAAUCUCAAUGUUACAGAGCCUAGUGUCAAUUUCAAGUCAGAAGAACAGCGACAUUGUAAGGAUACAAAAUCUUAUGAGUGCAAAGUUAGUAUGUCUUCAUUCAGCUUUCCAUCCUUGCUCAAAAAACACAUGUCAAUCCACACUGGGAAACUUUAUAAGUGCAGAGUAUGUGAAGCUGCCUUCAAAACAUUAGACACUUUGAAACAGCACAUGCUUGUUCACAGUAAUGAGAAGCCUUACCAGUGCAGUGUCUGUAAAGCUGCUUUUAAGUUGUCAUCCAUUUUGAAAAAACACAUGCUGGUUCACAGUGAUGAGAAGCCUCACAAGUGCAGAGUAUGUGAAGCUUCAUUUAAAACAUUAGGCAAUUUGAAACAGCACAUGCUUGUUCACAGUGAUGAGAAUCCUCACAAGUGCAGAGUAUGUGAAGCUGCCUUCAAAACAUUAGGAAGAUUGAAACAGCACAUGAAGGUUCACAGUAAUGAGAAGCCUUACCAGUGCAGUGUCUGUAAAGGUGCUUUUAAGUUGUCAUCUAUUUUGAAAAGGCACAUGAAGGUUCACAGUGAUGAGAAGCCUCACAAGUGUAGAGUAUGUGAAGCUGCCUUCAAAACAUUAGGCAUUUUGAAAAGACACAUGCAGCUUCACAGUAAUGAGAAUCCUCACAAGUGCAGAGUAUGUGAAGCUUCCUUCAAAACAUUAGGAAAUUUGAAUUGGCACAUGAAGGUUCACAGUAAUGAGAAGCCUCACAAGUGCAGAGUAUGUGAAGCUGCCUUCAAUACAUUAAGCACUUUGAAACAGCACAUGCUUGUUCACAGUGAUGAGAAGCCUCACAAGUGCAGAGUCUGUGAAGCUGCCUUUAAAACAUUAGGCACUUUGAAACAGCACAUGCUUGUUCACAGUGAUGAGAAGCCUCACAAGUGUAGAGUAUGUGAAGCUGCCUUCAAAACAUUAGGCAAUUUGAAUUUGCACAUGAAGGUUCACAGUAAUGAGAAGCCUUACCAGUGCAGUGUCUGUAAAGCUGCUUUUAAGUUGUCACAUAUUUUGAAAAGACACAUGCUGGUUCACAGUAAGGAUAAGCCUCACAAGUCUGACCAGAAACUCUGGAGGUGUGAGAAUGUUCCAAAAUUGGAGACAAAUUCUCCAACUUCCAGUUCUUUCGUGAAAAUAGAAUGUCAGCCUGUUCACAUUGUGAAGACAGAGUGUAUGACUGAGCAUAAUCAUAGAGUAAAGAUUGAGAGGGCAUUGCCUGGUCAGGAGGUAGUUUGUCAUUCUAAUAGUGAUAAUGAAUUUUAUUGCAACUGCCAAAGCAUUACUUUUGAAGUAAAGAAAGAGUAUGGUCUACACCAUGAUGAAAAUACAAAUGGACCAGUUACUUCUGAGGUCAAGCAUGAAGAUCACUCUGAGAAACCUCACAAGUGCAGAGUAUGUAAAGCUUCUUUCAAAAGAUUAGACAAUUUGAAAAGACACAUGGAGGUUCACAGUGAUGAGAAACCUCACAAGUGCAGAGUAUGUGAAACUGCCUUCAAAAACUUAGACACUUUGAAACAGCACAUGCUUGUUCACAGUGAUAAGAAACCUCACAAGUGCAGAGCAUGUGAAGCUACCUUCAAAACAUUAGGCAUUUUGAAAAGACACAUGCAGCUUCACAGUAAUGAGAAGCCUUACAAGUGCAGAGUAUGUGAAGCUUCCUUCAGAACAUUAGGAAAUUUGAAUUGGCACAUGAAGGUUCACAGUAAGGAUAAGCCUCACCAGUGCAGUUUUUGUGAAGGUGCCUUCAAAACAUUAGGAAGAUUAAAAAAGCACAUGCAGGUUCACAGUAAGGAGAAGCCAGUGCAGUGUCUGUAA